CAUUCCGAAAUUCUUGCGCUUUGCACGAGGAAUCUUUAUAAUCCGACAAAAACGGAUACCGCAGUGCAUAUCGAACGGCGAGACUCGACGGUUUACACGCACCAUCCGCAGGACAAUACAUCUGGAAAAAAAUGGAUGAUCUCAACAAGGAUCAGAUAGUUCUUUUGAAGAAGGCCUUCGACGCCUUCGACCAUGAGAAGAAGGGUUGCAUCGGAACGGACAUGGUCGGAACGAUUUUGACGAUGUUGGGUCACGAGCUCAGCGAAAAUACGCUAGCGGAGAUCAUCGCCGAGGUCGACGAAGACGGAUCCGGGGAGCUUGAAUUCGAGGAAUUUUGUACGUUGGCCGCGAGGUUUCUGGUAGAAGAAGACACCGAGGCGAUGCAACAGGAAUUGAGAGAGGCCUUCCGACUCUACGACAAGGAGGGUAACGGCUACAUUACCACCGACGUGUUCCGAGACAUUCUUCACGAAUUGGACGACAAAUUGUCGCCGGAAGAACUGGAUCUCAUGAUAGAAGAAAUCGACGCCGAUGGUUCGGGCACCCUGGACUUCGACGAAUUCAUGGAAGUCAUGACGGGCGGUGACGACUGAAGACACUUUCCGAGGAACCUUGAAAUCGUCGGAAAUCAUCGAACUUUUUACGUUUGACGACAUUCGUUGGCCAAUAUCGGCGAAAAUUUUUAGACG